GAUUCUGAUCAGUACCAUCUAUCUUUCAGGUCUGCCCCACCUGCUGGCCCUCCCGCUGCACCUGGAGAAGGAGGAGCACCCCAAGCUCCCCCCAACCUCACCAGCAACAGAAGGCUUCAGCAAACCCAGGCACAGGUCGAUGAGGUUGUGGAUAUCAUGCGUGUCAAUGUAGACAAAGUGUUGGAACGAGAUCAGAAGCUGUCCGAAUUGGAUGACCGCGCGGACGCUCUGCAGGCCGGAGCCUCGCAGUUUGAAACCAGCGCGGCCAAACUCAAACGCAAGUACUGGUGGAAGAACCUCAAGAUGAUGAUCAUUAUGGGAGUGAUAUGCGCCAUCAUCCUCAUCAUAAUUAUUGGUGAGUUAUUGUCCUUUUGUGUAUCAAUGUUUUUAGUCUGUGUUUUUUUUAUAUCUAUAUAUAUAUAUAUAUAUGUGCUGCUUGUUAUCUGUGCUGUAUACAGAUGGCUGACUAUACUAACCUCUUCUUUUUCUCUUGCUUCUCUCUCCCAAUGCUUCCCUGCUGUGCCCAUCCCAUCCUUGUGUCUACUGUAUGUACCACACACCUCGUCCUCCAUCUUUGUCUUGUUUUUUACAUUUUACUGGUUUUCUCUUCACACUUCAUCUUGUCUGCUCUUCAUCCUCAUCCCUUGUUUUCCACUACUCCAUCCUGUUUGUUCUUUACUCUCGUUACCUGCCUUUCAUUUCUUCAUCUUGUCUUUUCUUUAUCUUCAUCCCUUGUCUUUCAUGACUGCAUCUUGAUGGUUCUUUACCUCAUCCCUUGUCCUCCUUUACUCCAUCCUGUUUGUUCUUUACUCUCGUUACCUGCCCUUCAUUGCUGUAUCUUGUCUUUUCUUUAUCUUCAUCCCUUGUCUUUCAUGACUGCAUCUUGA